GAGAGAGAGAAUGGAGGGAGGGAGCUCGAGAGCGGAGCUGCUAUGCGCCGUCGAAGCCAUCAGAUCCUCCGACGUCGUCGAGGCUCGGGUUCAGCUUAUUACUGGGCUCGGUGAACUGGAACUGCGCGAGAGAUCUGACAUAGCUUUCGCUGUCGAAAGCCUAGUUACAUUUUGGGAGGACUACACUUGUUUGGAUGUUACCCAGUGCAUAUUACACAAAGCAAUCGUACAGGUUGCUACAAAGUUCCUCAAGCCUACUUUAUGUGGUGGCCUGACACCAUUCCUUACUCUUGGGGCCCAGGCAAUUAUUUGGUGUAAAAAGCAUCUACAGAUGACGAUUAUGUCAAUGGAGGAAUCACAGGAAGAAGAACAUUGCAAGAUGUUCUAUGGGCUGCUUCUAGAUGUACUUACUUUCUGCAGUGCAAGCUUUACUGCUUUGGUGCAGUAUCCUUCGCUAACAGACAAUACACUAAUGAACGUUUUGGAGAGUUCAUUAUUGGAACAACUGAAUUUAACAAAAGAUUCAUUGUUGGGGACUGAGAGAAUCGAAUCCGUUAGCUCAGAAAUAGUGAAGGUUGCACAUACAGUCAUCAAUUCGGUUGUAAAAUUAUGCGAAGAUUAUUGCCAAUCUGGGAACCAUUUGCGAGAAAGAUCUAAGAAAGACCCGAGUACCAUGGAUACAGAAGGGGCUGGUGACAUAAAUUAUGUUGCUAACAUGGCAAAACAUACAGUAGAAAAACUGUGUGAAUUGGGAACUAUUGCAGCUAGUGGUGGUGGAACUCUGGUCAGCAUUCUGAAUGUCACUUGGAAAGGUGUUGUCACACUUCUACAGAUAGGAAAAGCAGCACUAGAAGUCAAUUUUAAUGUAGCAGAUAUUAUUUUGACUCUUAUUUCACUAGCCAAUGAAUCUCUGAGAUGUGCAGCUGAGAAUUGGUCUUUGCUGAAGGAAUCUAUUUCUCAAGCAGAAGCUAGACGGUCAUUUGUUCCUGUAAAGUUUUACCUCGUUAAUGCUGUGAAAAUAGCCUCCCUGUAUCCGUUACAAUCAUAUGGUGUUCACAGGCAGUUAACACACUGUGCCCUGAUGAUUGCAAAUAUGAAAAUUCAAAUGUGCCAUGAGGAGCACCUAAAAAUUGCUAGUGAGGUAUUGUCCGAACUUUUGGAUCAAACAUCCAUGAAUUUAUUCAACUCCUUGCUGAAUUCUGAUGAAGUGAACCAGGAGAUGAAGUUUGAAAUUCUGGAUUGUUUGUUCAGCGAUGAGACCUAUAUCGAUGAGAACUCAAAUGCUGUUAAUUGCACUAAGGCAGUGGAUAAAAUCUUCUCAGCGAACUCCAAGGUUAUGUUUGGGACAAGACUACCUUCGCUUGGCCGGAUUCUGUUACUUGCUGGUCUCUUGAGAUCUUCUCGCGAUAUUGAAGGAGAUGUACGACUUGGGAUAACCAGAAAGCUUGGAUGGCUUUUCGACAUACUUGUCCAUGAAGAAGUAUAUCCUUCCAUCCUCUCAAUGUUGAUACCCCAACUAUAUGGUACUAAGAAGACCCCGGAGUUGGUCUGGGAGACAGUGUUUGCUUCUCUUAUACAUUCCCUCAAAUCUUUCAUGAUUGUGGCCUACUCUAGUACGGCAUGGGGAGAAGUGGAGGCUUUCUUGCUUGACAACUUCUUCCAUCCUCACUUUCUUUGUUGGGAGAUUAUAAUGGAGCUGUGGUGCUUUAUGAUGCGCUAUGCUGAAACCGAUGUGGUAAAUGAUGUUAUUGAUAAACUCUGCUCGUGUCUCAAAUCUUUGGCUUCUGUCGAAGCUGUUUUUGUUGACGAUUCUUCCCUGAGAAAAGUGGCCAGAUCAAUAAAUAUGCUGGUUUCUUGUGGUACAACAUCUGUGGCAGACAGGGUUUAUAACUUUGUUACUAGUGGUGGUGUAUCUCUGUCUUCAUCAGUCAUGAAUGUAGCCUUGCUUGCGGAAGGUUUUUCGCUAAAUUUGCUUUCAGACAACUUGAGAGGAAUCGCUAAACAAAGGAUAAUCAGUGAUUAUGAUGAAUUCAUUGGAGGUUUUAGCGGCAUGCUCCUCAACGCUUGCCCUUCUAGGCUGCUGGGGGCUCCACUCUUUGUGUUGUGUGCUUCUUUGCCAUCUCUCCAGGUUGCCGAAUCUGACGUUGACGAGAAGACAGUAAAGUUCCUAGCUGAUAUUCUGCAGAGCUGCACCCGUUCUCCAGAGAAUGUGGCAAGUGACAUUUGCCUUAAGCUUUUGGGUCAAACACUGGCGAUAGUUUCUAACAUGACACAUCUAUAUGCAUGUAAUGGCAUGGACGAAGUCAUCAUGAAGCUGCAAAACCUGUUUAUCACAAGGCCAUUGGCAGCUGAUGCCAAGCUGUACCAGUGCAAAGUUGAUUUGGCUCUUUUCAUGGCAGGACUUGGUCAUAUAGAAAUAGAAGAAAGAGAUGAAUGUCCAAAGAGCACUGCUAUUUGGGAGCUGUAUCAUAUGUUACUAAGAGAACAGCACUGGGCUCUCACACAUUUGGCAAUUAAAGCAUUUGGACAUUUUGCUGCAAGAACCUCCUGCAAUCAGCUUUGGAGAUUUGUGCCACAAAAUGCUGCUCUAUCAUACGAUUUAUCGCAAGGAAAUGAGGCAAAUGAGGAAAGAUUUAUGUCUGAAUUCAAGAAAUUUCUCGAGAAAGAAGUUGCCCUUCUUAAAACUUUUCCCUGCACUGAGCAGCUUCAGAUGCUGAGAAAAGAGGCUUUGAUCCUUCAGGUCACAACUCAAAAGAGUCAAAAUAUUGACGUGGAAGCUAUUAGGCAUGAAAGAGCAGAAUCGAUUUGUGAAAAUAGAUCCAACAAGAAGAGGAAGGUUCCUGAUGAGAUCAGCAAGGGUGUUGAAUUGCUGCAGAGUGGUUUGAAGGCCAUUUCUGAUGGUCUUUCCUUGUGGGAGAAGGCUGAGGCUUGCCCCUCAGAACUUCAUGAUAAGUUUUUAGUUAAUUUUUCUUGCCUCGAGGAUGUGAUUACUCACUUAGCUGGCCUUGCUCGUAUGGAUUAAUGUUGUGGAUUAAUACUGCCUGCUAGAAAUACUUCAUAAACAGACUAACGCAAGGUCUCGUUCUCCUUCACUGUUUACAUAGAAAAGAUCAUACUCGUAUAAUUCAGCGUUA